CGAAAGUAGCUAUAAUAUCACAAAACACGAGAAACGUCUCCAAUUCUCAAUCGAGUUCCUGCAGUGUAACUGUAACUGUUAAUUGGCGAAACAAGUGAUAUACCUUCCUCUAUGGCUAUCACGUUCAACGACUUGAACUCUGCUGCUGGCUUGAAUAAACUUGAUGAGUACCUCCUUACUCGCAGUUACAUCUCUGGAUAUCAAGCCUCCAAGGAUGAUAUCACCGUCUACGCUGCUCUUCCAGCUGCUCCAUCUUCUAACUAUGUCAAUGUUUCCCGAUGGUACAACCACAUCGAUGCUCUUUUGAGGAUCUCCGGUGUUACUGGUGAAGGGCGUGGUGUGGUUAUCGAGGGAUUUGUUCCCGCAGAGGCCGUUGCCACUCCUCCAGCUGAGGAUUCCAAGGCCACAACUGCUGAAGAUGAAGACGACGAUGAUGUAGAUCUGUUUGGUGAAGAGACUGAGGAGGAAAAGAAGGCUUCUGAAGAACGUGCGGCUGCAGUGAAGGCCUCUGGCAAGAAAAAAGAAUCUGGCAAGUCCUCGGUAUUGUUGGAUAUAAAACCAUGGAAUGAUGAGACCGACAUGAAGAAGCUCGAAGAAGCAGUAAGAAGUGUGAAGAUGGAAGGACUGCAUUGGGGAGCCUCUAAACUUGUGCCUGUUGGUUACGGAAUAAAGAAACUGCAAAUCAUGUUGACUAUAGUGGAUGAUUUGGUAUCAGUCGAUGACCUCAUCGAGGAACAUCUGACGGCGGAGCCGAUCAACGAGUAUGUUCAGAGUUGCGACGUUGUCGCAUUCAAUAAGAUAUAAUUGGUUUGAAAUACAUAAAGUUGCAGUUUCUUAAGGCUAUGUGCUGAAGAUGAUGGACUUUUGUUAAACCAGACUGUAAAAUUGAGCAUUUUAAUUUAUUUCUUUAGCAUUGAAUAAGAUAAAUUUAGA